AUGUCCAAGUUGAUGACCAGGAGAACUCCCUCUCCCUCGUCUCCUCUCCCGUCCUUCUACUCCCCAUUUGGGAUUCUGUCCGUCCUCCUCUCCCUCUGCCUCUCCCUUUCCCUCUAUCCGCCCUCCUCAUCGGCGCAGCAGACUGUGCCUGUCAUCUCCACGGUGCAGGGCCGUAUCCGUGGCAUACUGACCCCGUUGCCCUCCGACCUCCUGGGGCCCGUCAUCCAGUACCUGGGAGUACCAUACGCAAGGCCUCCAACAGGAGACCGGCGCUUCCAGCCGCCCGAGCCUCCUUUGCCCUGGCCAGGAAUACGAAAUGUGACGCAGUUUGCUCCAGUGUGCCCGCAGUCGCUGGAUGAGAGGAGCAUGUUGGGAGAUAUGAUGCCGUCCUGGCUCACGGCUAACCUGGAUAUAGCUGCGACGUACCUCACUCACCAGAGCGAAGAUUGUCUCUACCUCAAUAUCUACGUGCCCACUGAGGAAGACAUCCAUGAGGAAGGGGGUCAGCGGCCGGUGAUGGUCUACGUCCACGGGGGCUCAUACACAGAAGGCACUGGCAACAUGAUGGAUGGCAGCGUGCUGGCAAGCUACGGCAACGUCAUUGUCAUAACCCUCAACUAUCGCCUCGGAGUACUGGGAUUUCUUAGUACAGGUGACCAGGCAGCAAAAGGGAACUACGGCUUGCUGGAUCAGAUCCAGGCUCUGCGCUGGGUGAAGGAGAACAUCGCAACCUUCGGAGGAGACCCGAGCAGGGUCACUGUGUUUGGUUCGGGGGCCGGGGCCUCGUGCGUCAGCCUGCUCACCUUGUCUCACUACUCUGAGGACCUGUUCCACAGAGCCAUCAUCCAGAGCGGCAGCGCUUUAGCCAGUUGGGCGGUUAACUACCAGCCAAGCAAGUACGCUCGGCAGCUUGGUGAGAGGGUGGGCUGCGGCAUCGAUGACAGCACCCAACUGGUCGCCUGCCUUCAGGGCCGGAGUUACCGCGAACUUGUAGAGCAGAGCAUCACGCCGGCCAAAUAUCACACGGCUUUUGCACCAGUGAUUGAUGGCGACGUUAUACCGGAUGACCCCCAGAUUCUGAUGGAGCAGGGAGAGUUUCUGAACUACGACGUGAUGCUGGGGGUUAACCAGGGCGAGGGAGUGAAGUUUGUGGAGGGCAUUGUGGACUCAGAGGACGGUGUCACGGCUGAGGACUUUGACUUUGCAGUAUCAGACUUUGUGGAUAGUUUGUAUGGAUACCCCGAAGGCCGAGAUACGCUGAGAGAGAGCAUAAGGUUCAUGUACACGGACUGGGCAGACCGUGACAAUGCAGAAACCCGGCGGAAGACUCUGGUGGCGCUAUUCACAGACCACCAAUGGGUGGCGCCAGCUAUCGCCACAGCUGACCUCCACGCUCAGUAUGGAUCCCCCACCUACUUCUACUCCUUUUACCACCACUGCCAGAGUGACGCCACGCCACCUUGGGCUGAUUCUGCCCAUGGUGAUGAGGUGCCCUAUGUGUUCGGCGUGCCCAUGGUGGGACCCACUGAUCUGUUCAACUGUAACUUCUCCAAGAACGACGUGAUGCUGAGUGCUGUUGUCAUGACUUACUGGACCAACUUUGCCAAGACUGGUGACCCAAACCAGCCGGUUCCUCAAGAUACUAAGUUCAUCCACACCAAACCUAACCGUUUUGAAGAAGUGGCUUGGUCUAAAUACACCCCUAAAGAGCAGCUGUAUCUCCAUAUUGGCCUGAAGCCUCGUGUCAGAGACCACUACCGUGCCACCAAAAUCUCCUUCUGGCUCCAGCUGGUCCCUCACUUGCAUCAUGUCAAUGAGCUCCUCCAAUCGGUGUCCUCCUUUACGCACAGUCCCUCUCCACAGGAUGAUACUCCUUAUUCUUACACGAAGCGUCUAGCCAAAGGUUGGCCGCCUAGUAGUACACGUCAUCCAGGUCCACAAGGAGGUACUCCACAGCCGCCAGAGUCUGCUUUAGGCCAAGGUGGAGAGGAAGACGGGGUCCGCGUGCCCACCGAGGACUACUCAACUGAACUCUCAGUGACGAUUGCGGUGGGAGCUUCCCUGUUGUUUCUUAACAUCCUCGCGUUCGCAGCACUGUUGUACAAGAAAGACAAGAGGCGUCUGGAGCAUCGUCGGCCACGUCCACUUCCUCCCCCCAGACGAGACAUCACGCCCGCAGAUGUCGCGGCCCACCUGCAAGGGGAGGGACUGCUGUCAUUACAGGUGAAGCAGCUGGAGUGUGAUGCUGCAUCAGCAGACGAGAGGAACAACACUCAUCACCAUCACAUUCUGGAUACGCUGGAUGCCCUGGACGGCUUGGACACCCAGGACAUCUACAGUACACUGGACACCGUGCGCCUCACCUGCCCACCCGAUUAUACCCUGACCUUGCGCCGCUCACCUGAUGACGUCCCCCUCAUGACCUCUCUGACCCCAGGAUCACUGCCUGUGACUCCUGGGUCACACCCUGUUACCCCGGCGACGCCGAUGACCCCCAUGACGCCUGGAUCAGUGGUGGGGAUGAGGAUGGGGCAUCCGCACCAGGGAUACACACACCAUAGCCCGUAUAGUAAUACACACUUGCCACACACACACAUCUCCACGCACACACACUCCACCACACGUGUAUAA